AUGGCUAAGGUAAAGGGUCGCGCGGCCCAAUUUGAGGAAGAUGAGCACAUUGUCAAUGAUUACGACCCCGAGGCUGAGGGACGCGGCGUGCAAUCCGACAACGACAGCGACGUCGGCGAUGUCGCCAACGCGGGGACAGAGCACUACGAGAUCGUAGGUGCGAGUAAGCUCAGGCAGAAGGAUCCCGCGACGCUGGGCCCCCAGUACCGGGGCGCCAAGGUGUCUAGGGCUGCUCUCGAACAGGAGAGCGACGAGGAUGAUGGGGAAGAGGGAGAAGAUGGUAGCGAUGAGGAGGGCUAUGCCGAUCCUGAGACUGCCAAUCUCGAGGCUGAUGAGGAUGAGGCGGCAGAUUCGGAUAUCCCCAGCGACGACGCUCUCGCUGAAUCCGAUGCCGAGCGCUUGAACGGAUUCGUCUUCCGCGGCAGUUCCAGGCCUCUUGACCAGAAGAAGAAGAAGAACGGCAGGGCUACUGCUGCUGAUUUCAUGUCUGACUCGGAAGAUGAGGAAGGCGUUGCCCUGGGCGAGGACGACGAGGAUGAUGGUGAGGGUGAGGAUGACUCGGGUGAGGAUGAAGACAUGGACGACGGGCUCGAUGCGCUUGCCGAUGGCGGAGAUGACUAUGAGGAGGAGGAUGAUGACGAUGACGAGGACGAGGACGAAGAUGAUGAGGAAGAGAGUGACGAGAGUGAUGAUGACGAGGACGGUAAAAAGAAGAAGAACGUGGCCAACAAGCAGUCGGACAUGGCGGCAUCCGCCAACGCCGACAUCCAAAAGGGACUGGCGAUUCAGCAGCAGCGCAAGAUCUAUGAUGGGCUCCUGAACCUACGAAUCAGGCUGCAAAAGGCCCUCGUGGCAGCCAACACGUUCCCGACACUGGACGAGUCCGCAAGCGACCAGUCAUCGGAGGGGGAGCCCUACUCCGCCGCCGAGGAAGCAGCAGCCAAGCUCCUCAACACCAUCAGCGACCUGCGCGUGACGUUUGGCCCGUCGCGCGCCGGCUCGAAACGCAAGUACGAGUUCACCGCCUCGACGGCCAGCGCCGAGAUAUGGAAGCAGAUGCAGGCCGACGACAAGCGCUACGCCAAGGUGCGUCGGGACAACCUAGACAAGUGGUCGGCCAAGGUGCAGGCCGUCAACGCGGUCGGCGGCGAUAUGCGCGGCCCCAGCGGCAGGAACAAGGGCAAGUUGACGACUCUCUCGCGCAGCCUGGAGGACCAGCUGGCCAACACCGAAUACCGCCUCGUCAAGCGGACCAAGGUGGCCCGGUCGUGCGCUCCCAUCCAGGCAGCUAGAAACAAGGGUCGCCGCGGCAACCGCAACGACGACGACGAUGACGACGAUGACGACGACGGCAUCUACGACGAUGCGGACCUGUACCAGCAGCUCCUCAAGGAGCUCGUGGACCAGCGCACCGUCGACUCCACAGUCGAGCAGGCCAGCGCCGUGCCGUCGGUCAUGGUCACGGCCGCGUCGGCGGGUGGAAAGUCCCGCAAGAACGUCGACCGCAAGGCUAGCAAGGGCCGCAAGAUCCGCUUCACCGUGCACGAGAAGCUGCAGAACUUCAUGGCCCCCGAGGACCGUCGCGCCUGGGAGCAGUCGGCCGUCGACCGUCUGUUCGGCACCCUGUUCGGCAGAAAGCUCGCGCUCGACGAGGAGAGCGAUGAGGAGGGCGGCGACGACGACGUUGAUAUGAAGGCCCAUGGGGAGGUGCGCCUGUUUGGUUAA